AUGCCAAUCAAGUCCCUUCUGCGGGAACCACUGCCCCCACUGGCCACAAACUUCCAGGGCCUUGUGUGCAAAGACGGUAAGAACCCAGCAGAAUUCCGCAAACGGAAAAGCAAGAAAAAGCAUGUGACAUUUGCUCCGAUGGCGAAGGACAACCUGCAGGGAGAACAUCAGGAAAAUUACAAAGAUAUGUAUAAUGUUGAGAAUGAGCAAUUCUCUUUCCAAAAACAGAGAGCAAUAGCAGAGUUGGAAGAUGAUGUGGAGUUAGAGGACCAUUUUACGGUCACAACUCUUCUUCCGCCACUGCCUUCACUUGCACGGGAGAACGUCGGCCAACAAAAGAGCAACAACAAAAAGAUAAGUUUUGUAAAAAUGAAGAGGUUUGAUGUGGAAACUGAAAAACCAGAGAAUAGGCCUCGCUCUUUCCUAAAAGCCAGACCUGAAUCGUUUCUAGAAAGUGACGUCAAGAGAGAAGGGACGAGUGAAGACGAUGGAUUGGACUUUUUUGAAUCCAUGAACAUUCAUAUUGACAUUGCAGAUCUUGCCGAUGUUCUACAGGAUGAGGUCCAUACGCACGUUGGAUCAGCCUCAGAGCCAGAACUAUUAUGUCAGGCUUCUUCGCCACAACAUGACGAGACAGAUCAUGAGGCCGGUCUGGACUUUCUGAAUGCUUCUCUGGACCAAAGCUAUGAAGAAUCGUUGAACCUCCAAUCCAACAUUGGAGUGCUUGUGUGCAAUCCACCAGGAGGUGAUGAAUUUCAUGAAGAAAGCUCAGAGCUGGGUUUAGAUCAUCAGACUCCUUCAAAACACAGUCUAUUGCCACCUUCACCAACUCCUUUAUCAUGGAUGGGAGAUGAAAUUCUGACAGACAUAAGUGCUGAGUCCAUGUAUGAAUCUGAUUUUGAAUCCGACAGCGAAAAGCCUGCACCUAGAGCGACAUCUCCAGUGAGUUCAGAAGCAUUCAGCAAGUGUCAAGAUGAGCUGGAGAAGUUCGAAAGGGACGAGGAGGAACGCCUGGAUGCCGAGAGCAAAGACAUACUUCUGUCACUGCAUCAUUCGCUGUUGGAAAAAAGGGAAGCGGAAGAGAAAAGGAUGAAGGAAGAAUCUGCAAAAGAGUUGGAAGACCUUCAAGAAACCCUCAAAGCCAAUCGAGAACGGCAAGAGCGUGAAAUACGGGAAGAAAAUGAUGCUAUUCUUGAGAAGGUGAAGAAUGAGUUGAAAGAAGAAGUGGCCAAAACUGUACAGAAGCUCAAAGCUCGUAAGAAGAAAGGAUUGGAUCAUCUGCAGGCGGAGCUUGGGGUGGAGCUGGCAUCAGAGAAAGAAAGGUUGGUGACACUGAAGGCCAAACAACAGGACUUGUUGAUGCAAGAAAGCAGGGAGUCUUUCACAUCCGUACAUCAGAAAGUGGAGCAGGAACAGAGGCGUACGUUAGAGCGACUGAGCGAAGAUCACGAGAAUGCGAUCAGAAAGCUCAGAGAGAAACACUCAGAGGACAAGGCUCUUCUGAAGGAGCAGCUACUUUCUCGCUUCAUCCAGGAGAAGGAAAAAUCUGCAAAAGAGUUAGAGGAGCUUCAAGAGACCCUCAAAGUCAAUCGAGAACGGCAAGCACUUGAAAUACAGGAAGAAAAUGUUGCUAUACUUGAGAAGGUGAAGACUGAUUUGAAAGAGGAACUGGCUAAUACUGUACAGAAACUCAAAGCUCGUAAGAAGAAACGAUUGGAUCAUCUGCAGGCGGAGCUUGAGGUGGAGCUGACGUCAGAGAAAGAGUCUUUCACAUCUGUACGUCAGAGAGUGGAGCAGGAACAGAGGCGUACAUUGGAGCGUCUGAGCAAAGAUCACGAGAAAGAGAUCAGAAAGCUCCAAGAGGACAAGGAUCUUAUGGAGGAGCAGCUACAUUCUCGCUUCAACCAGGAGAAGGAAGAAUCGGCGGAAGAGUUAAAAGAGCUUCGGGACACCCUGAAAGAGGAUCGAAAACGGCAAGAACGUGAAAUACGGAAAGAACAUGACGCUUUACUUGAGAAGGUGAAGACUGAGUUAAAAGAAGAAAUGGCCAAAACUGUACAGAAUCUCAAAGCUCGUAAGAAGAAACGAUCGGAUCAUCUGCAGGCGGAGCUUGAGGUGGAGCUAACAUCAGAGAAAGAAAGGUUGCAGACACUGAAGACCGAACAACAGGACUCAUUGAUGCAAGAAAGCAGAGAGUCUUUCACAUCUGUACGUCAGGAAGUGGAGCAGGAACAGAGGCGUACAUUGGAGCGUCUGAGUGAAGAUCACGAGAAAGGGGUCAGACAGCUCAGAGAGAAACACUCAGAGGAAAAGGAUCUUCUGGAGGAGCAGCUACUUUCUCGCUUCAACCAGGAGAAGGAGCAGCGGGAGGAGUAUCUUGCCCUCCGUCUGCAGGAAAUGGACUUUCAACAUAAGGCUGAAGUUCUGAAAAGGCAACGGGAAAACCCAGACAAGAUGUUGGAGCUGAAGGAGUUGCCGACUGAACUGGAAGUGAGGUGCAACAAUCUGGAGAGCCAAGACGCUGAGUUCAAGGCGAAGGUGGAGAGGCUGAGUCAGAGAAUGAGUUAUUUAGAAGAAAAAAACAGAAGAAAGAAAUAUGAAUCAGAAGAGAGAAAUAUGAAAACUUUUCCAAGUCCAACACUUAAGGAGGAGGUGGAUAGAGAACAUCGGUACUUGACAUCAGGCUGUCGAUGUGAUAUUUCUCUAGACCUUCUGGAGAAGACCAACGACGAGCUGAGAACUUGUCGAGAGGAGAGAGAGAACCUGGUGACGAUGGUGUACCAGCUGCAGAGACAGAAUGACAGACUGACCUCCAGAAUGAACCAGUUUGAGAGGACUUCCUUAGGAUCAAACGUACAAUACUCUUUCAGGUUCAGUGAGGAGCCAUACCAUGUGGGAACACCUCCUCUGUCCGGUCACGUUGACGUCCACCACAGAACCAGACUCUUCCUGAAGUUAGAAGCAGACCGACUGGAGAGAGAGAACUUGAGGUGGAGAGAGUCUCAAGCCCCAAGUUCAAGGUUCUUGUCCUCGUGGAGUAAAAACAGAUUUGAGAAUGCACACAGCGACAUUGUGGAUCUCAGCAGCAGAAGUUACAACUAUUAA